ACACGUCCACUUCCUCCAUACUCUCUCUUUACAAUUUGCGUUACCAUGCCAACCACACUGGUAGGUAAUACACGACAUCGAGGAUGCGAUCUCCAUGGGCAUCCACCCCACACUCAUCCGCCAAGGCUCAAGCGGAUCCUAUUUUGUGCGGAACCCUGAGGCCAAAAUAACGGGUGUAUUUAAGCCCAAAGACGAGGAGCCGUAUGGCCAUCUCAACCCAAAGUGGACCAAAUGGCUUCAUAAGACCAUCUGCCCCUGUAUAUUUGGACGGUCGUGCCUGGUACCCAACCAAGGCUAUCUGAGUGAGGCGGGGGCAUCGCUCGUAGAUGAGAAGUUGGGUCUGAGGAUAGUACCUACGACGAAGGUGGUCAAGCUGUCGAGUCCGGUGUUCAACUACCCACGCACCACACGGCUGUACCGCCUGUUAAAGAGCGACCAGUCCCUUCCAUACAAAAAAGGGUCACUUCAGUUGUUUGUGACGGGCUAUGAGGACGCCAAGAAGGUCUUUGGUCGGGUCAACGCACCCGACUACCGAGACCACGAGGUCAAGCGUGAGUUUGAUAUGCUGUUUGAGCGGAUGGUGGUGUUGGACUACAUCACCAGAAACACAGACCGCAACGACGACAACUGGCUCAUCAAAACACUCAACGACAGCGGCAGCAAUGCACCCGAGAGUGACUUAGGAGUGGAUCUGUGCACCGGCAUAUCCCCUGUCACCACCGCCCCCCACACCAACACACGCACACAAGCCUCGCCCAAACAGAUGCCAAACAAUGCAAAUAGUAGCGGUAGUAACCUGCCCAGCUCUACCAACACCCCCCGCCAGCUGGGACGGUCCAGUCUCAGCGGGUCACUCAACGUAAACGGGCCAGUGGCGUAUCAUAGGAGGAGUCCGAGUGCGCAUGAGACCAGCAUCAGUGCCCCAGAGCCACUGGGUAGUAGUAAUCUAGGCCAGGGGAUUGGUGGACAAAGCUUGUAUACUGGUAGUAGUGCGAGUAAUAAAGGGAGUGGGUUAGAGCUCCAUGACAUACAGCGUAGUACCGAACUGCCCGAGUGCCACCGUGUGAAGUUGGCUGCGAUUGAUAACGGCUUGUCCUUCCCCUUUAAGCACCCGGACUCGUGGCGCACUUAUCCCUAUCAUUGGAUUUGGCUUCCGCAAGCGAAGAAGCGCUUCUCAGAUGAGAUUUGUAAUUACCUGCUCCCGCUACUAACGGAUGAGGUUUAUGUGGAGGAAUUGAUCGAAGAAAUGUACCAAGUAUUUAAGCAGGAUUCGGGUUUCAGCAAAAGCCACUUCAAGCGCCAAGCGGCAGUCAUGAGGGGGCAGAUACUAAAUUUAACUAAGGCCAUGAACGAACGCUCCACGCCAAUCCAACUGGUGAAGAUGACUUCGUGUGUGAUAAAGAAAAAGGGUCAAUCGAAAUUUCAGCAAUUUCGCAGCCGGUUACCCUGGUUUUCUAAUUGGUAAUAACAAAGCAUUUAAAUAGUAUAAAUAAAGUAAUUCUCGGAUUAUCUCAACCCAAUCGCACUCGUUCGGCUGGCUGAACAUCUCAGAUUCCGACUGCGGAGCUAUCCGCAUCUUCCAAUGUGCUAUCAGCAACUACUUACAUAUUGUAGGGAAGCGCUACUACUCACCGAAGCUAUCAAUGACCCUAUUUUAAUACAAUGCAAGAUGCUACCGCAAUUAUUGACCUAAGAACAGUGAUGCUGUACCAGCCCAUUGAGAGGAUGGGUGAACCUCAUAGCUCGUAGUACUGAUUAUCAGGAACUAGCUUAGUUCAUUUACCUGAGAUGCACAUUGGUGUAGCAAGAUAUAUGCGUAACAUAAGUUUUGUUUGUUGGAUUGACUUACACAGAUCCAACUCCUGGCUCAGAACUCUGAUGUGAAGAUGUUGUUUUUUGAGGUGGAGAUUCCCGAGUUCUCACAGGAUUGAUUAAGCUAUACUUCUCACAACUCCCAGAACCUAACAUCAACGAAAGCGAGUGCAGCCAAUUUGCGAAGUAAGUUCUGCUUGAGUUUACCGAUGAAAGUUGUGUGUACAACGUGGGAUGUAACUUGCCUCGGCUGGUCACACUACAAAUCGGUCGUAAUUUGGAAUACUUGUGGUGUUUAUCGUGCAGGCUCCAUCGAAAACUUGUGCCUGUAUCGGCCAGAAUCUGGCAGCGCAAGCUUAAAUGUCAAAGAAAUAAAAGCUGCAAUACCGGAUUUGUUGUACGAGCUGAGAUCUAAUAUAUGCCGAAAAGAGUAAAUUUUAGAUGUGAUGAUAGUAUAAAUUGCAUAAUCAGCUUGCAAUGAUUACUUAUACCGAUCAGAUUUGUGCACAUGGUCGUAUGCACCACAGGUGAGCCGGUGCAGUCGAGUAAUCUAUGCGCCAUAUAUACCUCACACACAGUCUAAUCCAUAAACUGAACUUUCUCCGAUACAUGUUUUUAACUACCAAGGCAUCCUCCACCUCCCGGAUGGGC